AUGUUUACAGGUCUAGUAGAGACGAUUGGAACGGUUACGGCCCUGGAGCCCCUCGAUACCUCGUCAAGUGGGGGCGGGGGAACCUCUCUGACGAUCUCCAACUGCGAGGAGAUCUUGGGAGACGCGCACUUGGGUGAUAGCAUCAGCGUCAAUGGAACCUGCCUCACCGUGACCGAGUUCGACAAGACCUGGUUCAAGGUCGGAGUUGCGCCGGAGACGCUGCGCCGCACAAAUCUUGGAUCUCUGCAGGCUGGCUCAUUUGUCAAUCUCGAGCGCGCCGUCGCGGCGGAUACACGGAUGGGCGGACAUUUCGUGCAGGGCCAUGUUGAUACCGUUGCGAAAAUUCUUUCCGUGACACCGGACGGAAACGCCUUGACGUUCCGGCUGCAGCCGCGAGAGAGGGAUAUCCUGCGCUACGUUGUCGAAAAGGGAUACGUUACUCUAGAUGGUGCCAGUUUGACUGUUACCAAGGUUGUUGAUGGUGAGGAUGGCUACUGGGAGGUUAUGCUUAUUGCCUACACCCAGGAAAAGGUCGUUACGGCCGGGAAGAAGCCUGGUGAGGAGGUCAAUGUUGAGAUUGACAUUGUGGGUAAAUACGUUGAGAAGAGUGUCCAGGGUUACUUUGCCGGUACUGCUGGAGGUGAUUUCGCUAUUCUCGAGAAGAUGGUGUCUCGCAUUAUCGACGAGAAGCUGAAGAAAUAA